CGCUCCAUCAGCACAAAAAAAAAAAACCCCUCCACCUUUCACCGCCGCCGCCGCCGCCGCCGCCGCUAUGGCGAGUGCGCCGCGGAACCCCACCGCCACGGCGGCUGGAAACGCCCUCCGCGUGGCUGACCUCCCGGGCCGCGGCCGCGGUCUCGUGGUCGCCCGCAACGUCCUCCAGGGCGAGGUGCUCCUCUCCGAGCCUCCCAUCCUCAUCUACCCGGCCACCCUCGCCUCCCUCCCCUCCUACUGCUCCGCCUGCUUCCGCUCCCUCCCCGCCGCCGCCGCCAUCGCCUGCGCUUCCUGCCGCGCCGCUGCCUUCUGCUCCCCGGCCUGCGCCGCCGCCUCCCACCCGCGCCUCCUCUGCGCCGCGCUCUCCAACGGCGGCGGCGCUGCCCUCGCCGCCGCUGCCCCCACCGAGGCGGUCCAAGAACCGCUGCUCUUCCUCCUCUCCGCAUACUCCCUCCCGGAACCCUCUCUCCGCACCAUCAUCUCCCUCUCCUCGGCCCCGCCUCCGCCACCGGGCGCGCAGGACGCCGCAGGCCUCCACGCCGCGGUGGCGGCCCUGGUGCCGCCGCACAUGCUACUUCCGGGCUUCUCGCCGGACCUCACGGUGGCGCUCCUCGCCAAGGACCGCGGCAACAGCUUCGCUGUCAUGGAACCUUACCGCCCCGGGAUGUCGCUCGAGCUCCUCAAGGCGCGCGCCUACGCGGUGUACCCCCGGGCGUCGCUGUUCAACCAUGAUUGCCUGCCCAAUGCGUGCCAUUUCGAUUACCCCGACAGGCCAGGGCCGGGGAACACCAACAUCGUGGUGCGGGCGUUGCAUGACAUACCGGAGGGGAGCGAGAUCUGCAUCAGCUACUUCGCGGCCAAUUGGAGUUAUGCCGAUAGGCAGCGCAGGCUGCUAGAGGACUAUGGGUUCCGGUGCGAGUGUGACCGGUGUCAGGUGGAGAGCCUGUGGAAGCAUGAUGACGAUAACGAUGGAGGUGAUGGGGAUGACAUAAUGGAAGAGGAGGGUGAGGAGAAUGGUGGAGAUGGUGGUGAUGGGAUGGAGGAGGGGGAUGGUGGUGACGACAGUGACGUUGAUUUCCCACAUGCCUACUUCUUUGUGAGGUUCCUGUGUGACAUUGAGGGCUGCUGGGGCAUGCUUGCGCCAUUGCCACCCUCGCCAAAUGGUCAGCGGUCCGAUGUGUUUGAAUGCAAUCUCUGUGGAAAGCUGAGGAAGGAAGAGGAUGCUCUGCCUAAUGAGGGCACUUCUGGCAUGGUCCAGUAGGAUGAGCCAAGCAUGCCGUUCUGCUCGCAGCUUCUUUUAACAGCAUCCCGGUGUUGGUUGCCUGUACCACCUCCGAAGCCGGGCUCACGGGAUGCAAAAUCACUGUGCGAGCCUGGCUCCUGGGAAACAGUUUUCAAUUACGUUUCUCCAGAGCUAAGCUCGUGGGAUGCAGGCCUGGCUCAGCUAAUGAUAAUAUUAGCGUAUAAUUAGUGAGUAUUAACUCAUAUUAGUAUAUUUUAAAUUAGAUUGAGGCUUAAUAUGAUAAAUUAAGUACUAUAGAGUGUAUUUAUGCAAAAUAAACAUCAUAUUAACACUUGCUUUUUUAUUCAAUCUCAUGUAACAUAUACUCAUACGGGCAACCAAACACAAUCAUCCGAGCACAUGCAGCCAACCAAAUAAAUUGCUACUGCAUGCCAUAGAUACAAGCCAGGCUCAGCCAUGCGAGCAACCAAACACCCCCUUACUUCCUGGAUCCUCUGAUUUUGAUUCUUCCCUUGUUUAAUUACUCUCACUUCCAGCCUGCUUUUCCAAAAAAGAAAAAUUGGCAACUA